GUAAUAGACGCUGAUUUGUCGUACCAUGGCGAUGCACAAGUCAAGCUAUCCGUCAAAAAUGUAAAACUGGGAAUUUCCAACUUCCAACUUUACGGGCCACUUAGAAUUAUUCUUAAACCACUUUUGUCAGAUGGAAUCGUGGUCGGCGGAAUAACUGUCUUUUUUCUCAAGAGACCAAAGAUUUCUUUCAAUUUGACAAAUUUGCUAAAUGUUUUAGAUAUUCCAGGAUUGAAGAAAACUCUACGCGGUAUCGUUGAUGACGUCAUCGCCAACUUUGUUGUUUUGCCCAAUAGAAUUGCGAUUCCUCUGGCGGAAAGUGUGGACGCCGGAGACCUGAAGUAUCCAAUCCCCGAAGGACUUCUGCGCGUCCAGAUUCUGGAAGCGCGGGAACUGGUGAAGUCCGAUUUUUCGCUGAUUGGAAAGGGAUCUCCGGAUCCUUACGCCGUUUUGGAAGUAGGAGCUCAAACAUUUCGCACAGAAACCAAGAAAAACCAGUCUAAUCCUAAAUGGGACGAGACAUUUGAGGCAUUUGUAGACAAUUCUAAAGGGCAGGAAUUGGAUAUUUUUCUCUAUGACCAUGAUCUAGCCUCAAAAGAUUCCAAGAUCGGCAACGUUGACAUAAAAAUCCGUUCUGUUGUGGAAGAGGGUAUGCAGGACAUCUGGCUGCCUUUGGAAAAAGCGAAACAGGGAAAAGUUCAUCUACGGCUGGAGUGGUUUUCUCUCAGCAACGAUCCACUUCAUUUUAGAUAUACUAAAGAAAAUGAAAGCGUGGCCGUGCUGAUUGUGAAGCUGAUCAAGGCACAGAAUGUCCCAAGCCGAAAGAGUUCUGUGUUGGCCAGAAAAGUUUAUUGUCGAGUGGCAGUGAGUAAUAGAACGCUUACUAGCUUUUGUGCGCAGGCGCAAGGCGACGAGUUUAAAUGGCAGCAAUCACUCUUAUUCGUACUAACCGAUCCACACGAAGAAGUCCUUAUUGAGGUAAUGGAAGGUAGUCACUGCUUAGGUUUUAUGGUAUUCACUGUUCGUAAGCUCAUAGAACAGCCCGACAUGUCACUUAAGAAUUCCUUCCAGCUGCGUAGUACUUCCGAUGAAACCGGAACCGGAACUGUCGAAUGCAAGCUAUCCCUGCGUGCUUUGAAGGCAGCAGACACAAUCGCUGAACCAAAUUUCUUGCAGAUUGGUCAAAAAUUCAAUGCUUGUUACGACGAAGAAGGUAUUCUACAGCGCCAGGACACUCCGACUCUGAUUUCGGAAGUAGCUGGUCAAGACUAUCCUACGACUUCCAGUGACAGCAACGAAUCAACUGAGAAGACUUCCACUUCCGGUUCCACUUCCAGUUCCCGUUCCAGUUGCGAGUCCUCUCCAAGCGGAAGCAUAGCAGAUGACAGAUCAAACGAGCAAAGUACUGAAGGCUCAAGUCACGAUUAUUUAUCCCGAGGGGAGGUGUCUUUGAAAUUAAUUUACGAUCAUCGACGAAACCGACUCAUGGUUACAAUUUUGAACGCCAAAAACCUUUCAUCAACAGAGCCGGUUUCUAAAACGAACACCUAUGUUCAAGUUAAUCUGAUACCUUCUCGCUCUAAGAAAUCGAUACGCAAGACUUUCUCCCAUCCCGGCAGCCUUCAUCCCGUUUUUAAUGAGACCUUUGAUUACGUUAUCGGCCUUGAUCAGCUGGCUGACAAAAAACUGCACGUGGCUGUCAAGAACGAGAAGAUCGUGCAGUUGCCUGGGAAACGACGUGACGUUAUUGGGGCUACCUCUAUAAACCUUUGUGAAUUGGAUUUGUCUGCUGGUGUAACUAUGAACUGCGAGAUAACUAAUUGAAAGCUUUUGCCAGAGGGCAACCUCUCGUCUCCAGGGCUUUUUGGCCAGAGAGGAGAAAUUAAUUAGUUAAAGAAUACCAAAUGUGGUAAACUGACAAAGAAGGCGCGCUUACAAUGCGGCCACUCAGGAAACUGGGGCACUGGAAAAAAGAUUCUCCAAUGACAGCAAUUUCUAAAAACAAAAGAUUUUCGAGUUCUUUUGCAAACGGGACAAUAAAAUUCAAGUAUAAUUAUUUAUGUAACAGUGGAAAACUUUAAACCGUUUAACUUACCUAACCUCUCAGGAAACAGCCCUCAAAUUUAUGAAUGUUAUCAGCCGGUUUGCAGAAAAAAAACUUGAGAAUCUUUUGUUUUCAGAAAACGUUAUGACUGGACAAUCUUCUUCCAAGCGUCCCGGUUUGAGUAUCCGCACUGUUAAGAGCUUUCAGCAAAGUCUAGCUAAGCUCGGUUAGAGAUGAGACUGGAAAGAAGUUAUCAAAGACUCCUCAGCGGAGCAAACCUCAAAAUCAUGAUUACUACGUAAAAAAACAUACGAAAAAACAUGAAACAUGGUUCUUCCGAAAGAGAUAUACUAAUUGAAAGUGCCUGCUUGUGUAUGAGUGAUAAUAGCUAUAAAGCAUUGAAAUUGGGUAGAGAGGUCUCGACUCCUCUAUCAGAAACACUUGUGAAUUAAGGCAAAACCACAACGACAAACCAGUGAGGUUCAGCCGGAUCUCUAGAGUAGACCUGGAUCAGUAAACUCUUGAGACCAAGUUUUAAAAUUAAAACAGUAAACUGAUCCUUACGGCAGGAAGACUGAUGGAAAAAAUUAGAAAGAAAGCAAAAAUAUAAUUUGGUGAAUUGUAUUUGUCUCCUCUAUGCCUACUGUACCAAAAGUUGGUGGGUGCCUAUAUGUCAGACAUGACUUUAUGCUUAGAAACUACCAGUGAGUCAUAAACGAUAAUAUAGGUCGUUUUUACUGCGAACGUUGCCUUUUUUGUACCUUUUUGUUGCUAAUAGUUUUAUGUUCUCCUUGGCCUUUGCUUACUAAGCUGUGAAGUCUCUACUAAAACUCUCGAAAGUUUAUUCUUCUGUUCCUACAAUGAAACUAGGUUUUUGAUGCAGGUCCACAUCAGCCUUUCGCUGCCAUUUUAUGUAACUUAACCUGUUUUAUCAAAUAAAUGUAUGUAUGUAUGUAUGUAUGUAUUAUUUAGUUAAUUUUUUCAUCGAGUUUACGUUCAGUAAUAUCCUACUAUGUAAUCAUGUAUCCUCUUUUUUUCUCUUUUUCCUUCUGUAUUUUAAUUAUCACUUGAAUGUAAAUGUGUUACAAUAAAGCAUUGAUGAAUUAUAAUAAUAAUAAUAAUAAUAAUAAUAAUAAUAAUAAUAAUAAUAAUAAUUUUUUGAUGUUUUAAUUUUUAUACCUGCUUCUGCUCUCGAUGAUGGAACCACUAAGCCAUGAAAAUAACUUUAAUUUAGUCGUUGGGCGAUUUAAUGGAGUGUUCAGGUUAUCAAGCUCUAGUUAUAGCGGAGCUCUCGCGCGCGUAUUCGUAUCAAACAUGGAGUAAACAAACUGAAUUCUGCAAAGCUGAUUGUACUACGUGAAAAUUAAAUUUGCAAGACAUCCAAACAACACCUAAAGAGCCAAAAACAGAGCUGGGCCGUAGACAGCUGUUUUCGCCCUUUUGGGGGACUCGUCAGUAGGUCGCAACGAACAGAGAGGCUCUGCUGUAAAAUUCCCGCACACUCUGUUUAAAAGCCCUGACUUUGAGCUCAAUCACUUACAGAAUCACGCCAUAUCACGUGUCUGCGAGAGGGCAGGAGUCCAAGUAUCACGUUGGUGUCUUACAAAGAAAAUAUAGGAUGGACAAAAUCAACAUGGACUUAUCUUGAGUGUGUAUGUGCGUGGUUUACUAAUUUUUUUUCUCAGUCUUUUUGUUUUGUUUUGUUUUUUUUCUUCUGGAGCAAUUUGAUCCUUGCCUCUCAUAGAAUUUGGGUUGCCUGUGUUCCUUCCCGUGAAACGCCUGGUCGUUUUCAUGUUUAUCUUUCAACUUGCAGAGUCAUGAUGUUGCGAUCAAGCUUGCUUUUGUGCGCUGCUGCUGUUUUUGCUCUUUGCUUUACGUCGUGCACAUCAAAAGACGUUUAUUCCGCUGCAGUCUACGAGCAUGUUACAUUCUUUGUCUUUGAAAACAGAUCGUUUACUCGCCAAGAGGCCUUGGACAUAAUGAAGAAAAACUUAGUGGUUUUCGACGAGAAGGCGAAGGAAGCACAAUCUCAAGGGGCUGACAUAAUCGUUUUUCCCGAAGAUGGUCUCUAUGGUUUUGACUUCACUCGCGAACACAUCCUUCCUUUUCUGGAGAUUAUUCCGCUCCCUACCCAGCUACAGAAAAGCUGGAAUCCGUGCCAAGAUCCCAAUCGCUUUGCAAACACCGAGGUCCUGAGGGAGUUGAGCUGCAUCGCCCGUAACUCGUCUAUUGUAGUGGUGGCUAACAUGGGGGAUGUUCAGUAUUGUAAGAAAUCGGAUCCACACUGUCCCAAGGAUGGCAGAUACCAGUUUAACACUGAUGUAGUGUUCGAGUCAGACGGGACAUUGCUCGCCAAGUACCACAAACAGCAUCUUUUUCAUGAAAACCAGUUCAACACCCCAUUGGAAGCAGAAAUAGUUACUUUUGAGACUUCCUUCGGGGUUAAAUUUGGGGUGUUCACUUGUUUUGAUAUGCUGUUUCAUGAUCCAGCAAUCACACUUGUUGAGAAAUAUGGCAUUCGCAAUAUUGUAUUUCCAACAGCCUGGAUGGAUGGCUUCCCCAUCUUGGCUUCUGUAGAAUAUCAACAGGCUUGGUCAAGAUCAACAUGUGUCAAUCUGCUGGCAGCCAAUCAGCAUCAGCCCUUCGCAGAUAUGGUAGGAAGCGGAAUUUAUUCUUGUGGAGAACCUUUGUCUUAUGUUUAUGACAUGAAGACGUAUCAAGGCCAUCUUUUGGUUGCCAGACUGCCAAAUCUGGAUCUGUCACAUCCAGAGCAGUGUAUUGAACCAACAUGCCAAUCAGCUAAAACCUCAUUAAAAUCUGUUGAAAGAAGCAUCAAACAGCCAGCAUUACCCUUGCAAACCAACAGUAAAACAUUUUACUCUAAGUUACUAAAUGACAUUUACACUUUUGUGAAACUUGAGUCUUCUGAGGGCAAUGUAUCAGUUUGUUCGGACAAUUUCUGCUGUCAUGCAAGUUACUCCGUGGACAGUCAACAACCUUUCAAAGAUGAAUUGUUUGCAUUAGGGGCUUUCAGUGGCCAUCAUAAUCCAGAAAACUAUUUUAUCCAAGUUUGUGCCUUGGUAAAAUGUUCCAGCAUGCAGGAAUAUUCUUGUGGCUCACCUGUUUUUACUGCUACAACAAUGUUCAACUCAUUUACAGUGAUGGGGCAUUUUUCAUCUCAGGCUCGUGUGUUCCCUGCAGUUCUUUCAAGCAAUGUUGAGCUAAUCUCGCCUAAAGUCUUUUCAUGGUCUGGGCCUCAAAUGUAUGUGCCAUCUUUCAAAAAACCCCUGGUGUCAGCUGUUUUGUUUGGGCGAAUUUAUGAACUAGACAUUACUGAACAGUGA